UUGAUGGAGCGUUAUGAGUCUCUGGGUCCGGUCGGGGAGGGCAGCUACGGCACCGUGCUCAAGUGCCGCCAUCGAGACUCUGGCCGCCUCGUCGCCAUCAAGAAAUUCCUGGACUCAGACCAGGAUAAGACGGUGAAGAAGAUUGCCCUCAGGGAAGUCAAGCUGCUCAGGCAACUCCAUCACAACAACUUGGUGAACCUCCUGGAGGUGUGGAAGCGUCGUCACCGCUGGUACCUGGUCUUUGAAUUUGUGGAUCGAACUCUUCUGAAUGAUCUGGAACAAAACCCCAAUGGAUUGGACCUCAACACGUGCCGGCAGUACUUGUUCCAGGUCCUGAGGGCUGCUGAUUUUUGCCACCAACAAAACGUCAUCCACCGUGACAUCAAACCUGAGAAUAUCCUCAUUUCUCAGGGGGGUGUUGUCAAACUGUGUGAUUUUGGCUUUGCCCGAACCAUUGAGUCACCAUCUGAAGGAGGUGUCUACACCGACUAUGUAGCUACUCGUUGGUACAGAGCCCCCGAACUACUGGUGGGAGAUAUCAAGUAUGGCAAACCAGUAGAUGUGUGGGCUCUGGGUUGCCUGGUAAUAGAAAUGUUAACAGGAGAGCCCCUGUUUCCCGGAGACUCUGACCUCGACCAAAUAUAUCACAUCGUCAAAUGCUUUGGUAACCUGAUGACCCAUCAUCAAGAGGUGUUUUACCAAAAUCCAGUCUUUUCUGGAGUCAAACUACCUGAAUGUUCAAGCACAGUCCCACUGCGGCAAUGCUUCCCCACGAUCACACCACCAGCUCUUGAUCUGGCACAAAGAUGUCUAGAGAUGGAUCCAGAAAGACGAGCUCAGUGUUCAGAGCUUUUAGAGCAUCAUCUUUUCACACACGACUCCUUCCACAUCAGAUUUUUGGAUGAGCUAAAUGCCAAAAUCCAAACAGAGCACAAGGAAAACUCUACUUUUCCCAAAAUAACCAAAGCCCCAGGGCAAGAAACGGGAGAUGAGAAAACUUGUCGAGGCAAGGACAAGAAACAACCUGAAGACAAAGAGGAGAAAGUAAACAAGGACAAAAUGGAGAAGACAAAAGCAAAACAACUUUCUAAAUUCUCUAAAACCAAUCGCAACGCUACAGAAUCUCUCAUGUCCACACAGCCCAGAACAUUUGGCAACAAGGGUAUCCACAACACCUUGCAAAAUCCCAUCAAAAUAAAACCUGAAAAACCCGUUGGUGCAGAGUUGAAGAGGGAGUUAGAGAUUUCUAAGUCAACUAAAAGCUUAAAUUAUAAGUCAGUCGACGAAAAUGAGACAGCAGUGAACCUGAAGAAGAAAAACUUCAUGGCAGUAAAACCGAAACAAGAAAAUGUGCCUCCAGAUCCAAGGAAAGAGCUCCUGCAAAAUGGAAAAGACUUGGAUUGUUGUGGUCCAGGUCAUGAGAAAAACACGAUGAAGAAUAUGAGUUUCUUUAAACCUGAGCCGAGCCAAGAAUUUGCAAAAAGUUGGAGCAACCCGACCUUGAAAGUGCCCAAACGGUCAAAUAAUUCAGACGCCGACAGUCAGAGUUUGUGUUCAUCUCCAAAAACUUCCCUGGAAUUAGACGUAAAUCCAAAACACAAAACUUCUCAGAACUCGAGCAACGACCACAACGUGGUUUCUGUACCGCUGAUGCUUCAUGACACAAAGUCUUACAAGACGAGUCCUGCAGCAGAACUUCAGUUGGUCAGACUGGAAACUGACGCAGAACAAAGAAUCUCAAUAAGUCCAAACGUCCUGCCCCAAAACACAAAGACAUCCACAAACAGUGAUCCACAAAUCAGCACAAACGUCCCCACCAGGUCUUCAAAGACAUUUCCGUUGGACCAGUCACCCAUAGAAACCAGUUCUGCCCACAACACUGCUGUCCUACCUCAAGGAACCUCAAAUCUGAAAGUUUCCAAAAUGGAGGGCACUUCGAGGUCUCUUUUAAACGACAGGGAACUUACAGACGACAGGGACUUCAGAUCUUGUCGUGGUUCCUUGAAUCCAGUAACAGAAACCCCUGAGGGUACAGUUCUGUUGUCCCAAACUUCAGAUGGAUCUUUUAAACCUUCUGUACCGUCAUUUGUUGCAAGGCAAAACAACAAAUUAGUUAAAGAUGAAAGAUUUACUUCAACUAUUGUAGGAACCGCUGCUCUAAGAGCAUCAGACGUCUCAGAAAAAGAGAACCGAGAAGAUUUAGUUUGUCUGUCUGUCAACAGUAGUUCUACAACUAAUCCACUAAUGAAGCCAACCCUGAAGGCUUCUGGAAACACAGGGAGCUCAGAAUUUGAUGCCAAUCCCUUAAACGUUCAUCACCCAAAGCCAUACCAGUUACAGGUUGGAUCUUUCAAGAAGCACACAAGGUCCUCUGUGAUGCCCAAGACUACAAAAACGACUCCGGCUCCAAAUGCAAAGAAGAAAAGUGACAAAACCGACAGAAACAACACGACUAUUUCCAGAGACUCAGCUUUGAUCAUGUCUUUAGACCACAAAGCUUCAACAGAAAGUUUUAUCGUUUUCAAAAUGGACACUUCUUACCUCAUGGAGUUUGAUUUAGGUGUACCACGAUCCUCUACACCUUCUCCCCCACCACCUUCUUCAAAUCCUUUGCUUCUUCCUCCAUCCUCACAACCACUUAUGUCCUCCCUCUCUAUGUUUGGUACCAACAACCCAGUUACCAGCGACUACCUUAUUCAGGGAGCUGGUUUCCAUCCCAGGAACAGCAGUCUUAGAUAUGUGGACAAGCCAAGACGUUACGAUGGCACACACGAUCGACAGGCUCAAAAGUUCACUGCAAGCCAAGUGUCUUGGUCUUCCACCCUUCAGGCACCAGAAAACAGUUCUAUCAGUGAAAUGACCCAGAACAAGUCACAUGUCCAUUUCCCAGACAUAAGAAGUUCAGUGUUUCCAGAGUUCAGAGAAAAAGAAGGCAAACACAUAAAAGGAGCUGUCAAGAAUCAGAGGAAAGACAAAAAUCUGGUUUCGUCCAGUCCUCCAUCAGAAGCACAACAAGGACAAAACACCAACACAACAACACAAUUAUAA